AUGGCAGACUCAAUUUGGAACGAUUUAUGCAAACAGCCCACCCUCAAAACCUCUUCUGAAAAAUAUGCACAGCUUGUUCACGAUUCAACGACACAACUCCAUCAAGGUGUUCAAUCGAUCUUGUCAGCUUUGGAUCAGCGAGCUACUGGAUUGACAAAGUGCGCCAACUUUGAAUCUGCUCUUCACGAUGCCAGAGCUAUGCAACAACUAUCACCUUCUUCAGCACUUGGAUACAUACGGGAAGCCGACAUUUAUAGUGAACAAGGACAACAGCUUCAAGUAAUCGAUGUGUGCAGGAAGGGGCUAAGUAGGGUGGAUGCCAUGGAUACGCACUAUGAUGCAUUGCAACGAGCCAAAAUGGAUGCUGAGGAACGCCAAAACACACGCAUCGACUUUAUCAGCCAACUCCCUGUCGACAUUGUAAUCACGACACUCGUUCCCAUGUUUAUGGAUCAUUUUCCUUUGCGAUCGGAUACACCAUGCUCCUAUUUGUAUGUGUCCAAUCUAUGGCGAGAUCGUAUCACCCAAUGCUUUGAUGGAUUACGCUUUUCUGCUGGGGAUCAUCGAGGCUACGAUGAGGACGCUCUAUCUCAAGUCGUUCAGUUUGCUCAACAUACCAAGACAUUGUACAUCAAUCGAUACCACCAUGGAACAUGGCUAGAUGACUUACUGCGAGAUCAUGACUUUUGUUCGCUACGGCAAUUAUUCAUUGAACAGUACAUGAAUGACCAUGUUGACCACUUUGUAUCGUCGCUGAAAUCCAUUAGCAAGACCCUGACGCAUUUGAGUAUCGAAAUGGGAAGCAGACGCAUGUUUUCCAUUGACCAGAUAGUGUUGACUUGCCCCAACUUGGUUUCGCUCGAUCUUCCUCAAUCACGUGUUGCCGAUAUCAGCUCUCUCCCAAUGUCAACAUGGCCUAAUUUGAAGAGCUUAUCCAUUCACAGAGCACAAGAGCCUAUUACAUGCGACCAGAUUAUUGGAAUUUGGCAACGUUUCCCAUCACUCAACCACCUUGGACUUCAUCCAUGCUCCGACAUGCAAUCAGCAUUCAUUGUUUCCGAUUACCUUCCAUCGAUUAACAGCCUGGGUAUCAAUACAUUGGAUACAGACAUUGACAUCAUGUACACGGAUCAAGGUUCUGUCAGUGACUUGCUUGGGGUUACACAUAUUGCAAUUGAGGGCAUUUUACCGUCGAACGAUGUUUUUGUGGAUAUCGGCUGCGUAUUAAAACACCAUCAGAAGACCCUUGUGGAGAUUGAAUGGGACAUGGAUAAUGAUGAUGAGAGUGACAACAGGGAUUUUUACCACAUUCAGUACUCGCAGCUAAAGAAACUUACUCUCAAUAAAUCCGGAUGGUGGAUACCACGCAACGCACCGUUACUCGAGGAAUUGAUAAUGACAUCUGAAGCAAUCAACGCCUAUCCUGCAGUACUCGAUAUGGUACCACCCACAUUGAAAAAGCUGGAGUUUAGACUGGAUGAAGGACCCGAACUUGCCGACACGUCAACAAUCAAAGGAUACCUUGAUCGCAUUGCUCAACAUUCGCAUCCUCUACACGAAGUCAUUCUCCAUUCCUAUACCAUGAACAACAUUAUCAAUGUGGUUGAUGCUAUCCACCCUCUUAACCAGCUUCAGCGAUUGAUGAUCAGGGUUACUAGACGUUGUGAUUCGCAUCAAAUGGAUCGAUUUGUUGAACGGCUCACAAGAGGAUGCCCCAAUUUAUCAUGCCUUGAGAUCAUAUGCCGAGAGGGACUAUCCAUGCAUUCGAUCAACGCUUUGAAGCGACUUGAAAAUUUGAAGGAGUGCAUAUUUUCAAUCAAACGCAUCGAUGACGACCAUGGAAGCUUUUGGCACGCACUUGAAAUGUUUACACAGCUCAAGUGGAUCCGUAUUCACCCUGCCAUUGCAACCAACAUUGAAGACAUAAGGCGUCUCAAGGAAAAAAGACCUGACAUGACGAUCAUUGUCAAGAGAGAUUACACACUCUUCUGA